AAAGUCGAUGCAAACAUGAAAUUAGCAUGUUCGAAUCGUUUGUGUGUGCUCGCUUUUGUUAUUGUGCUGCUGGCGCUGGGCGAAUCGAGUGCGGGCAGCGCGGAGAGUGCGGUUAUUGGUGAUAUACGAGAUAAGUGGUCCGCGGACGAUGGCCAACAGCAGCAACAGCAACAGCAACAGCAGGAGGAGCAGGAGCAGCCAAAGAGGGAGCUGCCAGCGUCAGAACAGCAGCUGCUUUUUCCAGUUGAACAAUUCAAGAGCUACACAGCCGCGAGGCAUCAUCAUAUUAAUCACCACCACCACCAACAUCAUCACCAUCAUCAUCAUCAUCAGCAGCAGCAGCAGCAGCAGCGAAAGCAUCUGCAUCAGCAUAAGCAUCGUGUUCAUGGCCGGACUUAUAGAGAAAAUCAUUAUAAGGCGCUUGAGCUGGAAGAGCGACAGCAACAGCUGGGCAAACACUCGCACUGGCUGCACUCGGCCACGCCGGCAACAUUUCCCGAUUAUGUCAACGACGAGGAGCGGGCGGAACAGCAGUCGCCAGAGACGCCACAGCCCCCACAGUUGGAGCAACAUGUGGUGGACCAGCUAGACUAUGCCAAUAAUCAUUUUGAUUUGGAGAGCUAUCAGCGCUAUGCGAACAUCGAGCUGCCGCUCAGCCUGUCGCCCGCUGGCGGUCCCUCGACGCGCUCCGGCCGCCAUCGUGGACGCCACGUGACGCCGCACUAUGCCAACAGCAACAGCAUUAGCAGCAACAACAACAACAACAAUCAGGCCAACAAUCUGAUGCUGCCACUGAUAUCGGAGCUGGGCGGCAAAUAUUUGCGUUCGCUGCCCGACUCGGUCGACUUUCUGCAGGAUCGCCUCUAUGCCAGCCAGCCGCAGCGCCACUGGCCCGUCAAGCGCGAGGCCAUUGUUGAGGGCGACGUCAUAAUUGGCGGCCUCAUGAUGGUGCAUUCGCGCGAGGACAGCAUCACCUGCGGUCCUAUCAUGCCGCAGGGCGGCAUCCAGGCCCUCGAGGCCAUGCUCUACACCAUCGAUCGCAUCAACGAGAUGCAUUUGCUGCCAAACAUCACGCUCGGCGCGCACAUACUCGACGACUGCGACAAGGACUCGUACGGCCUCGAAAUGGCCGUGGACUUUAUUAAAGGCUCGAUUAGCAACAUAGACGAUGCCGAAUAUCAUUGCAACAAGACGCAAGUGCGCAAGGUGAUAUCGGGCGUGGUGGGUGCUGCCUCAUCGGUGACAUCCAUACAGGUGGCCAAUUUGCUGAGAUUGUUUCGGAUACCCCAAGUCUCGUAUUUCUCAACCAGCCCGGAGCUGAGCAACAAGCAGCGCUUCGAGUACUUUUCACGCACCAUUCCCUCCGACCACUACCAGGUGAAGGCCAUGGUUGAGAUUGUGAAGAGCAUGGGCUGGACUUAUGUCUCGAUUAUCUACGAGGAAAGCAACUAUGGCAUUAAGGCAUUUGAGGAGCUAGAGGAGCUGCUGGCACGCCAUAACAUUUGUAUUGCCAUUAAGGAGAAGCUCGUCAAGGAUUCGGGCGUGGCUGAGGAUAUUGCAUACGAUAAUAUUGUGCAGAAGCUGCUCACCAAGCCGCGUGCGCGAGGCGCCAUUAUUUUCGGCUCGGACCAGGAAGUGAGGCAAGUGAUGCGCGCGGUGAGGCGUGCGAAUGCAACAGGCGCCUUCUCCUGGAUUGGCUCCGAUGGAUGGAGUGCACGAAAUCUCGUCUCGGAUGACUAUGAGCCAGAGGUGGAGGGCACAUUGUCCGUGCAGCCGCAGGCUAAUCCCGUGCGCGGAUUUGAGGAAUAUUUUCUCAACCUGACCGUGGAGAACAACCAGCGCAAUCCCUGGUUCGUCGAGUUCUGGGAGGACCACUUCCAAUGCCGCUACCCGGGCAGCACCAGCACACCCUACAACAACUACACGCGCACCUGCACCACCAAGGAGCGUCUCUCACGGCAGAACACCGACUUUGAGGAUCAGUUGCAGUUCGUUAGCGAUGCGGUAAUGGCAUUUGCCUAUGCCUUGAGGGAUAUGCAUCGUGACUUGUGCGGCGGUCGGCCCUCGCUCUGCGAUGCCAUGAAGCCAACGAAGGGCGCGGAUUUGCUCAAAUAUCUGCGUAAAGUCCAAUUCAAAGGCCUCAGCGGCGAUGAUUUUCGCUUUGACGGCAACGGCGACGGUCCAGCUCGCUAUAACAUCAUCCACUUCAAGCAGUCGGUGGCGGGUCAGUAUCGCUGGGUCAAGGUGGGCGAGUACUACGAGGGCGAGCUGCGCCUGAAUAUGUCCGAAGUAAAAUUCAAGCUGCAGCAUCCGAAACCACCGGAAUCCGUUUGCAGUCUGCCCUGCGAACGGGGCCAGGCCAAGAGAUAUGUCGAGGGCGAGAGCUGCUGCUGGCACUGCUUCAACUGCACGACCUAUCAAAUUCGCCAUCCCGAUGACGAAACGCAGUGUGUGCUCUGCAAAAUGGGCACGCUACCCGAUACGCACAAGGAGUACUGCCGACCCAUUCCGGAGGUCUAUUUGCGACCCGAGUCCGCUUGGGCCAUUGGCGCCAUGGCCUUCAGUGCGACUGGCAUAUUGAUAACGCUCUUUGUGGUGGGCGUGUUUGUCAGGCACAACGACACGCCCAUUGUGCGCGCCUCGGGUCGUGAGCUGAGCUACAUUCUUCUGGCUGGCAUAUUUAUGUGCUACGGCGUAACCUUUGCCCUCGUCCUCAAGCCAACCAACAUUGUCUGCGCCAUUCAACGGUUCGCAGUGGGCUUCUGCUUCACGGUCGUCUAUGCCGCAUUGCUGACCAAAACGAAUCGCAUAGCUCGCAUCUUCAAGGCUGGCAAACAGUCGGCCAAACGGCCCUCGUUCAUUAGCCCCAAAUCGCAGCUGGUGAUUUGCACGUGUUUCAUCAGCGUCCAGAUACUCAUUAAUGGUGUUUGGAUGGUAAUUGCCCCGUCUCAUGCCAUACAUCAUUAUCCGGUGCGCGAGGAUAAUCUGCUGGUGUGCGACUCGUACAUCGACGCCUCCUAUAUGAUUGCGUUCUCCUAUCCCAUCGUCCUGAUUGUGGUCUGCACUGUCUAUGCGGUGCUCACCCGCAAGAUACCCGAGGCAUUCAACGAAUCAAAGCAUAUCGGCUUCACCAUGUACACCACCUGCGUCAUUUGGCUGGCCUUUGUGCCGCUCUACUUCGGCACCGCCAACCACGUGCCGCUCCGCAUAACGAGCAUGUCAGUGACCAUUAGCCUGUCUGCCAGCGUGACGAUUGCGUGUCUGUUCUCGCCCAAGCUCUACAUAAUUCUGAUUCGACCGGAGCGAAAUGUGCGCCAGAGCAUGAUGCCGCCGCGAUAUGGCAACAUGCACCGCACAGCCGGCACUGGGCCAUCCUCGAUGAUGGCCGCGGCAGUCGUGACGGCGGCCACCUGUGCACAGGAGGAGAAGAUACAGAAACAUAUCACGCCCACGGAGACAGAGCACUCAAUUAAGGCCAAGAAGCUGUGCGAAAUGGCCACACAAACAAUUGCCUUGUCUAGCAUAUUUGCAUCCUUGGACUGCAAUGCCUACAAUCAAAUACCGUAUGCGGAUCAAUAUGUGCCAACAAAUACGGACACGCCCACUGCCAAUGGCAAUGACCAUGGCAAUGGGAAUAUCAAUGGCAUUAAUGCAAACGACGAGCAAGUCGUGGCCAACAACAACAAAAUCAAUCAGCAACAGCACGGCCAGCCGAAUGCAAUUGUUGCCAACACUAGUCCAGUGGCGACAGCAAUUGCAACGGCAACAGCAACGGCAAUAACAACAACUGCAGCAGCGACAGCAGCAGCAGAAUCACCAGCAAUACCAGCAGCAGCAAUGACAACAACAGCAACAAUUGCUAUGGGCGCCUCGGAUGCGACAGCCACAAUGGAAGCUGCGUCCAAUGGCAGCAGACGAGCGCCCGUGCUGCAGACCAACUUAUAGCUAAACGCACAGCAAUUGCAACAGCAACUGCUAAAGGAGCAGCAGCGCCAACAGCAGCAGCAGCAGCAACAGCAGCAGCAGCAGCCGGAUCAGCCGCAACUGGCGACCAGUGAAAGCAGCGAUGUUGCUAGCAUUGGCAGCGGCAGCGGAAGUGCCACAACCACGAUUGGAAACGCCAACAGCAAGAAACGUGCUGCGAUCCCAGUAUAGACACUUGAACGUGAUGAUACCGUCAGACGACUACAAGCGUAACAGAUUAUUGAAAAAUAAGAUCAACAAAUUAUGAAUACACAAAUUGAAAAAUAAGAUCAACAAAUUAUGAAUACAAAUUGAAAAAUAAGAUCAAGAACAAAUAAGCGAAUACAAAUGAAGCGAGAAUGUGGAAGGUAUAAAUACAAAAGAAACUAGAUCUAAAAGGUCUAAAUACAAAUGAAACAACAAACGUGCAGAAGGUAUAAUAAUAUGAAUGAGUAUGUAUGUGGAAGGUAUACAUAUAAUAAUAAUAAUAAUAAUGAUGAUGUAAUGCAAGAUGCGCACAGACUGUGCUCUCAAGACAGGGAAAUUAAUUGUUGCGUUAAUAUGUUCAAUGAAUGUUAAUUAGUUAAUUUUUUCGGGCGUUAAAUGUAAAAAAAAAUAUAAAAUAUGAAGCGCUAAUAA